AUGUUGCGUCGCACUGCACACACCGCCGCCCUAACGCCAGCGAGGCAUUGCCUGUCACGGCGCCAGCUUUCUCUUCAAACCUCUCGCCGUCUCAGCACCACCAUCCCGCAUAGACUGGCCACUCCGACUUCUGCUUUCGCGCCAACAUGGGACAAGAUCAAAGAAACACUGAAGCCUCCGCUCGAUCAAUUCAGGCCAAAACCUCGCCCUUCCUACACCACUGAUUCACCACACUCGGAUCAUUUAUUGCGCACAUGCACCGUCCUGACUUCGGACCCUACCAAGACGUCCCUCCAAGAACUACUCGAUCGCAUCCCGCACUUCCAACAAGGAAACGAGACUGGCCUCUUUACAGACUUUCUGCUUCUCGUCACUCCCUCGUACGCCGCAAGCCUGCGCAAGCAGAGCCAUGUCAUCGAACAAGCCUUGACGCGCAUCUUUCCUGUAAAAGAGUUGGACAAGGGCACACACACUACUUUCGGAGGAGAUUCCAGAGAGGCCGUCAGACUCGUCGCUGCUGUCGUCGACAGGCUGCCAAAACCCUCUGAUCUGUCUGCUUCUGCUGUUGGUGAUACUGGCUCCGAAGGUAUUGCACUACGCUUGAUCGCCAAUGACAACCCCAUCUGGAAGCCCGAGCUCGCCGUUGGCGAUGUUCGUCAACCUAUCCUUUCUGACAACAAGUUUCGUUUCCUAAGCUUCCACCUCAAUGAUGCAUCCACUCCCUCUCACAUGCUCCCCAUCGUGCAAUUACCUCUUGCCAACACCAUCUUCCACAACGGUCUAUCCUCGACUUUGAUCUGGCGCAAGUAUGCCGUGAAACAAGGUGGAAAGGGUCUCACUCAGAUAGACGAACAAGUCUGUGACUCGCACCGUGUCAAGCUUCCCCAGCAACCGGGGAAGGCAGAGCACAACAACUUUGCUCUGUCAGUGCCUCUUGUUCCGUUGACAUCUGCCAGAUCUGUUGUCGCAUGCAUGGGAAACAUCAUCCGUCGCUUGUCUGCCAAUUCUGGUCUCGGCUCUCUAGACGACACAAAAGAAGCAAUCCUGGCCUCUCACGAACUCGAGCAGUCCGUCACUUCGUAUCACGAAACUCGUGGGCUCUCUCCCCGCGCCGUAUCUGUCUGGGCUCUGGUGAUCCCCGAAAAGACAUUUACUGGCGGACUAUCCAUGGCCGCAAAAGUCCUUGACCACAGAAAUCUGCCCGAAUUGUGGAAGACUGGUUCCGACCAUGAUACCGACCCUUCUCAGCCCAAUCUCUUGACAUUGUUACAACACGGAGCUCGUCUCCACAAAGUUUUGUCUGGAGGCGGCGGCUGGGGCAAGAAGGCUGGCCUUCUUUCAUUAGAUCCUGACUCUGGUUACGGUCAGCAUCCGCCGUGGGAAGAGAUUGCACCAGCACAGCAGACAGAGCCCGAGUACAUUCAAGGUCUAUCGCCUGUACCAACAGAUUUACAUCGCGUCUGGGGAUCUGAGCCCCAAGAGCUUCCUAGCAUUGUGAACAAGGGAGAUUACAUACAGUUCUAUAUCUCACCGUCAGCUUCUUCGGAAGAACCAUUCGCGAAAUCCGAGGCCACCACGAAUACGCCGACCGAGAUCACUUCUGAAGUCAAGACUGUAGAAUUUGGCAGUAUUCCCAGUACUGUUGACGAUAUGCCAAGCAGUCACGCAUCUCCAGCGGCUGCACAAAGUGUUGUGCAAAUAUACCCAAAUCACUUUGGUGCCCUGUCCGAGACUGGUAUUGCUAUGUUCUUUGGUCUGCAAUCAGACAAAGGACCAUCCUCCACUACGCAUAAUGCUACCGAUGCAGCCACAAAGGUCGAUGUACCUUUCGGUCGGUUCAGAUCUCGAUCACGAUCUCCAACAGCAUCUUCCAAGGCGAAACAGGCCCCGACAGGUUUUGGCUUCUCACCAACGAGACCGUUACAGUCUAGCCAAUGUAAGGAAGUUCUUGACGUGCAACAACGAAAGUUUAGUUCGAGCAAUGUCUCUCAGGAUGAGGUGUCACUUCCGAAGCCCCCUGAGAACACUACUCGGCGACGCACAAUCAAGCCGGCCAUAGACCCUCGCCAAUCUCAAACGACCACGCGAAUUCGAAAGAUACCCUACAAGGGCUGGAAUAAUAACGAAGCCUGUAGUGUGACUGAACAAGCCAAGACAGAUACCGAACACCCAGAGUUCAGGUUCCGGAUCCCGAAGGCUCAGCCAGAGGACGUAAUAGAUCCGAUUCCCGCUCGACCCUUGGUGAGUGAUGUGAAAGGUCAGAAACGCAUAUCCUGGGCCGCGCAAACAAUGCGAGACGUCAUCUCGCUCAAUGCUUUUGAACAGUGGACACGAGACCAGGUUAUUCCCAAGACACCUAAUGAUAUAUGGUCAGCCCAGGACAUCCGCAAAGCCCACACUUUCAAGAAACGACAGUGGAAGUUGCGCAGAUCGGUCUACCAGCAUCUGGGCUCGAAACCUGCUUGCUCAGGCACUACCCGCAACUCAAUAUCCUUAGAAGAUGCUUCCGCCCUUCAGCACAAUCAGCACAAUCAGCACAAUCAGCACAAUCAGCACAAGCAGCACCCAAAUUCAAAACCGGCACCGAACACUGUUGCAUCAACCAUUGCCCCCAAAGCAAAAUCUCGACAAGACACGUCCAACCAAAAGACCCAGGAGCAAAACACAGCCACCCUCUCAACCGCAACCAACCCCGCCACAUCACGCACACGCACCCGUAUCCUCCGCGAAGCCUUCCGCGGCCUCCUCUCUCCCUCGCAACAACGUCUUGCCCUCUCUUACCACCAUCAGCACACCUCUGCCUUUUCCCUAUACCCUCACACAUCUCCACACCAAUACUCACAAACCUGA